AUGGCAGCUACCAGAACCUUACCCACGGACUUGAAGGAGGACCUGCUUCGCGCCCAUGAACGUCGGACAUCCGUCCAGCCUAGCCCUCCGCCCUCCCCAUAUACGCUUCCCGAUGGUUUCCUCGAGGGCCCAGCGCCGAAUUUAACCAGGUCAAAAAUUGAUUUCAGAAAGGCUGGCCUGUUAGAAGACGAAAAGUCCUGGGCUGUUAUACUUGAUGGCGUCCUCUCCGAAGACGAGUGCAACACUUUAUUGCAAGCAGCCGAGGCGACCACGAACGGCAAGUGGGAAAGGGCUCUAGUCAACAUUGGUGGAGGCAUGCAGGCUAUGUAUGAGGACACGAGAAAGUGUGGGCGUAUUAUCUGGGACAACAAAGACAUCAUGGCCAAGCUAUGGGCGAGGAUAGAGGCGUCGGUGCCUGAAAUCCAUCGAUUGCAGAAUUGGGUCCACGUCACAGGCAAUGGCCCAGCAAAACGGGGAGAGACUUGGAAGGUGACCAGACUCAACGAACGUGGACGCUAUCUCAAGUACGUCGGCGGAGAGUAUUUCAAACCGCAUUGCGAUGGCACGUACGAGACGCCUGACGGCACCGAGCGCUCUUAUUUCACCCUGCAUCUUUACCUGAAUGACGCGGUAUUAAAGAGCGGGGAGAAACAGCUCGAGGGUGGCGCCACUACGUUCUUCAAUAGCAGUAUGAAGCGCCGUAUCAACGUCGAGCCAAAGACCGGACGCGUCCUGCUCUUCCAGCAUCGCUUUCUCAUUCACUCUGGCGAUGACGUUGUGAAGGGAACUAAGUAUACGUUACGGACGGACAUCAUGUAUGCGCUGGAGAAGGACGUGGCAUCGGAGCCGGAGGCGUAGGCACUGCUGACAGAAGGCAAAGGGAAAAUCGCGCAGUAGUCGUAGGGCUUCGUUUGGUCGGAUUCGCAUGUUUUUAUUAUUAGUAGUAUCCUCGAGCCAGAGCAGACAGCGCAAAGCGCACUUACAUAGAAAAAAAAUGUGAACGGCCUGCCUCGCCAGAGUAAUCAGAAUCGAAUGAUACCAUGCCCUCUUUCGCCCAAAGGGCUACUCAAAGUCAAGUACGCUGCGUAUUGUACUACAGUGUCACCUCUCACCCGAAGGAUCAAAGCACACAAUCUUCGCACCGACUCCCAUAGGGACACCAGUUCCACACUCCCUCCCGCCGAAGCAGGACGUCGCGCUUUCUGGCGCCCUGAGUUUUCUGAUGCCAGAUGCAGACGUGAGUCACGCCAGGCUCUUACGAGCAGUACAGCCCACAAGUGGGCGUGAUGAAAAG